AUGUCACUUCCUGUGGAACGCCACAGCCAGCUUAGCUCUCGGAAGAAACGACAAACCACUACUGAAGAGAUCUGCUCAGAGUGAGACUAUCCUUUAUUCCACAGGCCCAAGAUAACAUUUAUAACGAUCAAUUAAUGUCUCUUAAAUGUGUACUAACAAAGUUAAUCUCUUUUAGCAGAUAGAUAUAUUGUAAGCCUACUUAGAGAUCCUGUUAACACCCUCUUAACGCCCUCAUAACGCCCUGUUAGUGCCCUGUUAACUCCCUAUUAACGCCCUGUUAAUUCCCUGUUUGUAAGAAAUAAGGUGUAUAACUCACAGGUGUAUGUACCCCCCAGCAAAUCGGAGAGUUGCUGUGUGCGAAGGCUUUACAUUGACUUCCGUAAGGACCUGGGCUGGAAGUGGAUCCAUGAACCCACUGGCUACUUUGCUAACUACUGCAUGGGCCCCUGCACCUAUAUAUGGAACACAGAAAACAAGUACUCCCAGGUAAUGCUACCAGUCAUGUUUCUAUAGGCGUCCCUGUUGUUUACUGUCUUUAAAGGAUAUGUACAGUUGGGGUUUUCAGUAAUCAGACACUGUAUAGCCAUGGGGGGAGAUUGAGACAAGAUACAGAACGAGAUGGUCAGUUCAGUGAGAUAUCUAGUGUUGUUUACCCAACCACAGGUACUGGCUCUGUAUAAGCACCACAAUCCUGGAGCCUCUGCCAAACCCUGCUGUGUUCCACAGGUCUUAGAGCCCCUACCCAUUAUCUAUUAUGUGGGGAGACAACACAAGGUCAGUGAAUACUGCAUGGUUAGAAGUAUCAAAUCAAACUCUCAGAACAUCGUCACUGAAUUGAAAUCAUAGACAACACAGCUGCUGGGUUUUCAUUAUUCUUUACAAUGUCUAUCCAUUGAAUGUACUCUUUUUUUUCUCCCACAGGUGGAGCAGUUGUCCAAUAUGAUUGUUAAGUCCUGCAAGUGUAGCUUGGAGAUACAAAAUGGGGGCUGA